UCUGAGUUCCAGAGACCAGAGGGGGAGAGAAAGCGACGCGGAUGACACACUCGCUCACACACACACACACACACACACACCCUCCCCGCUUCUCACGUACAGAGGUAAGGAGGACGGAGAGGAGGACAGGGUGGAGAACACGGGAGACCAGGACAACGAGAUUGGGGGGAGAUGCCCGCUGGACUGAUGGAUUUUAUUCCCCCCGAGCUGCACGAGCCUCUGUAAGACAACAUGGGCUGCAUAGGAUCCCGGACGAUCACGGCGGAUGCUGUGCCAGUUCGGAAAGAUGGGGAUCAGCAUGGUCGUACCGAGUUUUCCUGGGAGGGAAUCAAUCUGUCCGUGGAGGACACAACGUCCAUUCUGCCUCGUCUCAAGAGAAAGCCUGCCAACACCUAUGGGAUCGGUGCCCUGGCUAAGUCCUCUCUGUCAGGUGUGUCAGGUGUGACCCGCUCCAUGAAGGACAAGGUGACCAAGCCCACUGCCAUGGCCCAGGGUCGAGUGGCUCACAUGAUCGAGUGGCAGAGCUGGGGGAAACCCUCUGCAGGGCCGCCUGGAAGCGCGGGACGCAACAACCUGCUGAGGGAAAAGGAGAGGAGAUUGGAGAACGACUUCUACAGCGACCUCAGCGAUGGCGAAAAAGAGGCUCGCUUUGCUGCAGGAAUCAUGCAACAGUUUGCAAUCUCUGAGGCAACCCUGUUUGGCUGGAACUCCAUGGACGGUGACAGUAUGGGAGCUGGCUCCAAUCAGGGCAGCGUAGCUCACCUUAGUGAGGUCAACCAGGAGAGCAUCACCAGCAGAGACCAGGUGCUACAUCACUCCUCUGCAGAUGUCUGGCCUCACACCUACAUCUCACAAGGGUUAUACUGCCUGUCAUCUUCUGACGGCUGGGACCCAAUCACCAGCCAGCCCUCGGGCGUGGCCUCGCCUGCUGCAGGCUCUUUCAUCAUGGCUGCUGGCGGCAGUGGGGCGGGAGUUACACCUGGCGAUGGCUAUGAAGGGACAGUGGGCGGUUACCUUCAGCAGCACCAUGCUCAGCUGGCCUUCCAACAGCAAGGUCAACUCCAGCAGCUCCAGCAGCUUCAUCAUUAUCAACAGCACCAGUAUCUGCAGUAUCAACAACAGCAACAGUCUUUGGAGCCCAGGCUACACAGCAACUCCCAUUCUCUCCAAGCCACUCCCAACAGCACCAUCCACAGCCUUGGCCCACCUGCUCAUCCUCGGCUAGCUGACCUCUGGGGAGCAGCGCAGGUCGAGGCACACCAGGUGGAGAUUGUUGGACAGCUGAACUCACAGAUGGUGGACAUGGUUGGAGGAAUGGUGGAUAUGGUUGGAGAGGAACCAGAGCUCAAAUCUGGAGGCAUACCAGAGCAUGAAGAGGAAGAAGAUGAAUACACAAGACUCGAAGAGGUGACUUUAACCCUGGAGCCAGAGCCGUGUUCUCUGACGCCGUCCCCACUGAAGGAGGAGGCGUCGUCCACCAGAGGUUCCAGCCCAGGAAUACCAGCACAGACUACUGAAUCCAUUGCAGAGAGAAUACCAUUUGACGUCUUGCCAUGUGGCAUUGCCAAAGAUGAGGAGGCAGAAGAAGGCUCCAUGGUCAUUGUUGCAACCAACUGAACUACAAAAAUACAAAACUGCAAAUGCCCCAGUAAUCAGUCAAGCUAUUAUCCCCCACCCUCACCCGUAUAUUUACCCACAUGGAGCCACAUGGAGGAAUUUUUAGGGAACGUUGGGAUGUAAUGUACACAACUGUUUUUCUCUUCCCAAUUUAGUGUGAAAAAUGGGAAACAGACAACAGGAUGUGAACUGAGUAAUGGACUCUUCCAAAUGUCUGGGACAAAGUCAACCGAAGAGCCAGGACUGAAAUGCAAUAUCCUCAAGAAAACAAAAACAUGAAAAGCAAACAAAACAAAAAAGAUAAAAAGAAACUUUUAAGGGCCUAUCUGAGAUUUCAAUGCAAUAUAUUAAAAAAACCACACAAACCUGGAUUGGAUUCAGAGUGCUUGGUUCCAUGCAGAAACAGAAGUGUUCAGCGGAUCCAGCAGGGGUAUGGACGUUUUUCUGCUCCAUCAGAUUCUGAUUUUUGUAAACAUUUGAAUUUUCUUUCUGAAUUUAAAAAUAAAAAUAAAUGUUUAAACAUUUCAGACAGAAAAUUUAAGGGUUCAAAAAAUUUAGAUGGAACAGAAAAACAUCCAUAUAAUGCCAGGAAAACCUGAUUUGCUGCAUAUUGUGUUUUGGUUGGAAUGCAGAACAUGUGAGUGAUGCACCUGCACACACAAAGAAGCUGACCACAACCCCCAAAACAUGCAUGCUUUUUAACAGUGACCCUGCCCCAACAUUAUAACGCAGUAUACAAAGUAAUACCAUAACAAAUUGCUUUUUUUCUUUUUUUUUUUUUUUUUAGAAAAAAAAGGUGGAAAACCCCCCGGAUGUAUUUGUAUGAAUGUCAGACAGUAUGUAAGGUUGUAUGAAUGUAGCUGCUUUGUUUAUGUGUAAAAUAUAUAUUUAUUCUGAAAAACAAACACAGAGCCUUCCUCUUUCAGUGAUGCAAAGGAUCAAACUCAUGCGUGUUUUACUUCGAAAGAUGUUUCUAAAUAAGGGACAUAAUACACAGGAAGUGAUUAAAAAUAGAUUUAAUUGAUCAAUGCGACAGGAAAAUUUAUAUUCAAAUAAAAAGGAAAUAUGAUCACUUAAAUCCAGUAAUUCAGUGUUGUUUACAUUAAUUUUUCAUCGUUUGCAGAGUUAAUCACAUUUUUCACUUAAGUGGUCUGCAGGGGGAAACCAUCAAUAACCAAGAGGAAAUUUUAUUCAGAUUUAAAAAGAGGGAAAAUAUGAGUAGUGAGAUAAAGUGAAA